AGUCGGGGGUGGAGCCGUCGGGUUGUGUGUACUUGAUGUGUGUUGGUUGCGACGCUUUGCUGGAGCACCGAAAGAAGGCAGAAGAGGGGGGCAGUCAGCUAGCGGGUCUGGCCCCCCAGAGCUGUAGGCCAUGGAGCCCAAUAAUAGUACCAGUACAACUGUGGAGGAGCCUGACAGCCUGGAGGUGCUGGUGAAGACCCUGGACUCUCAGACUCGGACCUUUAUUGUGGGGGCCCAGAUGAAUGUGAAGGAAUUUAAGGAGCACAUUGCUGCCUCUGUCAGCAUCCCCUCUGAGAAACAACGGCUCAUCUAUCAGGGACGAGUUCUGCAAGAUGAUAAGAAGCUCCAAGAAUACAAUGUUGGGGGCAAGGUUAUCCACUUGGUGGAACGCGCUCCUCCUCAGACUCAGCUCCCUUCUGGGCCAUCUUCUGGGACAGGGUCUGCCUCAGCCACCCAUGGUGGGGGACCUGCACUUGGUACUCGGGGGCCUGGGGCCUCUGUUCAUGACCGGAAUGCCAACAGCUAUGUCAUGGUUGGAACCUUCAAUCUUCCUAGUGACGGCUCUGCUGUGGAUGUUCACAUCAACAUGGAACAGGCCCCAGUUCAGAGUGAACCCCGAGUACGGCUGGUGAUGGCUCAGCACAUGAUCAGGGAUAUACAGACCUUACUAUCCAGGAUGGAGUGUCGAGGGGGGCCCCAAGCACAGCACUAUCAGCCACCUGCACAGACACCAACUGUGGCCCCGGAGCCAGUAGCCUUGAGCUCUGAGACAUCAGAUCCAGUUGAAAGUGAAGCGCCUCCUCGGGAGCCGAUGGAGGCAGAAGAAGUGGAGGAACGUGCCCCAGCUCAGAGCCCGGAGCUCACCCCUUCUGGCCCAGCCCCAGUGGGUCCAACACCUGCCCCAGAGACAAAUGCACCCAAUCAUCCUUCCCCUGCGGAGUACGUCGAGGUGCUCCAGGAGCUCCAGCGGCUUGAGAGCCGCCUUCAUCCCUUCUUGCAGCGCUACUAUGAGGUUCUGGGUGCCGCUGCUAGCACAGACUACAACAACAAUCAAGAGGGCCGAGAGGAGGACCAGCGCUUGAUCAACCUGGUGGGGGAAAGCCUGCGGCUGCUGGGCAACACCUUUGUGGCGCUGUCUGACUUGCGCUGCAAUCUGGCUUGUGCACCCCCACGACACCUCCAUGUGGUCCGGCCUAUGUCUCACUACACCACUCCCAUGGUGCUCCAGCAGGCAGCCAUUCCCAUCCAGAUCAAUGUGGGGACCACUGUGACCAUGACUGGCAAUGGGACUCGGCCCCCCGCGACUCCCAGUGCAGAGGCAUCUCCCCCUGGUUCUGGGCAGGCCGCGUCCCUGGCUCCCUCUUCUGCGACUGUCGAGUCAACUGAGGGGACGCAUCCCCCAGGGCCUGCCCCCCCCCCGACUGCCAGCCACCCGAGGGUCAUCCGGAUUUCCCACCAGAGCGUGGAACCCGUGGUCAUGAUGCACAUGAACAUUCAAGAUUCUGGCACACAGCCUGGUGGAGUUCCGAGUGCUCCCACUGGCCCCCUAGGAACCCCUGGUCAUGGCCAGACCCUGGGACAGCAGGUGCCAGGCUUCCCAGCAGCUCCGACCCGGGUGGUGAUUGCCCGGCCCACACCUCCACAAGCUCGACCUUCCCAUCCUGGGGGUCCUCCAGUCUCAGGGACUUUGGGUGCUGGCCUGGGUACCAAUGCCUCUUUGGCCCAGAUGGUGAGCGGCCUUGUGGGGCAGCUUCUUAUGCAGCCUGUGCUCGUGGCUCAGGGGACCCCAGGGAGUCCUGGAGGCCUGGGUCCUGAAAGCCUGUCACCAGAGUUUUUCACCUCAGUGGUGCAGGGUGUGCUGAGCUCCCUGCUGGGCUCCCUGGGGGCUCGGGCCGGUAGCAGUGAGAGCAUCGCCGCAUUCAUACAGCGCCUCAGUGGGUCCAGCAACAUCUUUGAGCCUGGGGCUGAUGGGGCUCUUGGAUUCUUUGGGGCCCUGCUCUCUCUUCUGUGCCAGAACUUUUCCAUGGUGGAUGUGGUGAUGCUUCUCCACGGGCAUUUCCAGCCACUGCAACGGCUCCAGCCCCAGCUGCGAUCCUUCUUCCACCAGCACUACCUAGGUGGCCAGGAGCCCACACCUGGUAACAUCCGGAUGGCAACCCACACAUUGAUCACUGGGCUGGAAGAAUAUGUUCGGGAGAGUUUUUCUUUGGUGCAAGUUCAGCCAGGUGUGGACAUCAUCCGGACGAAUCUGGAAUUUCUGCAGGAGCAGUUCAAUAGCAUUGCUGCUCAUGUUCUACACUGCACAGACAGUGGAUUUGGGGCCCGUUUGCUGGAGUUGUGUAACCAGGGCCUGUUUGAAUGCCUGGCUCUGAACCUGCAUUGCUUGGGGGGACAGCAGAUGGAGCUAGCUGCUGUCAUCAAUGGCCGAAUUCGUCGCAUGUCUCGUGGGGUGAAUCCAUCCUUGGUGAGCUGGCUGACCACUAUGAUGGGAUUGAGGCUUCAGGUGGUACUGGAGCACAUGCCUGUAGGCCCAGAUGCCAUCCUCAGAUAUGUUCGCAGGGUUGGUGACCCCCCGCAGCCACUUUCUGAGGAGCCAAUGGAAGUUCAGGGAUCAGAGAGAACUUCCCCUGAGCCUCAGCGGGAGAAUGCUUCCCCAGCCCCUGGAACAACAGCAGAAGAGGCUAUGUCCCGAGGUCCACCUCCUGCCCCUGAAGGGAGCUCCCGAGAUGAACAGGAUGGAGCUUCAGCUGAGACAGAACCUUGGGCAGCUGCAGUCCCCCCAGAGUGGGUCCCUAUUAUCCAGCAGGACAUUCAGAGCCAGCGGAAGGUGAAACCCCAGCCCCCCCUGAGUGAUGCCUACCUCAGUGGUAUGCCUGCCAAGAGACGCAAGCUCCGGGCUGAUAUACAGAAGCGACUGCAGGAAGAUCCCAACUAUAGCCCCCAGCGCUUCCCUAAUGCCCAUCGGGCCUUUGCUGAGGAUCCCUAGCUCUUUGCCUGCCCUCAUCGGGGACCAUUUUCCCCCUCUUCCUUCACAGUAUUUAAGAAAUAAAAGUCAGAUUUUCCUGGC